CAGCCUGCAAGAUGACCAUCAACACCCUGGCCAAGGGAGGCUGGCACCGGGAGCAGAUGGCAUGCUUUCGAAAGAUGGAGAAGGUGAUUGUGGCCAUGCAGGACCCUGACAUGGGCAUGAAGAUGAGAAACCAGAGGCUCCUUAUCACUGUCAUCCCGCAUGCCAUGACAGGUCGUGAUGUAACUGACUGGUUGAUCCAGAAAUACAGUAUCUGCGAGGAGGAGGCUCUGCAUCUCGGUGACAUGCUGGUGAGAUACGGUUAUAUUUACCCUCUCAAGGAGCCGAGGUCUCUUGCGUUACGAGCUGAUGAGUCGCCCUACCGCUUCCAGACUCCUUACUUCUGGACUAGUACCCGAUGGCCUGCCUCAGAACUGGACUAUGCAAUUUAUUUGGCUAAAAAGAACAUAAGAAAACAAGGAGAACUCAUGGAAUAUGAAAAGGAGAGGUACAGUCUGUUGCACAAGAGAAUCAACCACACCUGGGACUUUGUGGUGAUGCAAGCAAGAGAACAACUCAGAGCGUCCAAACAGAGGCGGAAGGCGGACCGCAUUGUUCUAGAAUGUCAGGAGCAGGCGUACUGGCUCAUCAACAGAUCCCCGCCGGGGGCACAUAAUGCAUUGGACAUGGGUCUAGAGAGACCAAAUAACUUCAGUUUAGGAGUAACGCUGAACAGUGACUACUACAAAAGAGAGAUUGAAUCCUGUAGAAGGGCCCUCGGAAGAAACCGUGUAAAGUCAUCCAUCUGCCUAGAAGGUUUUGUGAAAUACAGCGAGCAGUACCAGAACCAUGAUCCCAUUAUGCAAGGCUGCCUUCCCAGUAACCCCUGGAUCUCUGAUGACACCGCGCACUGGACAAUGAACACAAAAGUGGUACCUACCCCGACACGUCUUCGAGUGGAGCGUUGGAGCUUCAGCUUCAUGGAACUUCUGAAUGACGCCAUGGGGCGGCAGGAGUUCAUGACCUACCUGGAGAAAGAGUUUAGUGCGGAGAACCUGUGUUUCUGGCAGGCCUGCGAGGACAUUAGACAUGGAGAAAGUUCCAAGAUCAUAGAGAAAGUGGAGGAGGUCUACAAAAACUUCCUGGCUCCUGGUGCUGCCCGCUGGGUCAACAUUGACAGUAAGACGAUGGACAAAACUCUAGAGGGGAUCAAACAUCCACAUCGUUUUGUUAUGGAUGACGCACAAAUCCAUAUCUACUUCCUCAUGAAAAAGGACUCCUACCCAAGAUAUCUUAAGUCUGACCUCUACAAGAACAUGCUGGCCAAAGCGCUUGUCCCCCAGGAGACCAAAAAAAGUGUGUUUCCCUUCAUGAGACGCCAGCGGCACUCUAGCCCCUCCCCAGCUCAGGCUGUCACCCAGGCGCCGGAGGAAGACGGGCGUGCCAAGGGGGCCAGGCAAGCAGGUACCAACUCUGCAGCCAGCUCCCAUGUCUGA